AGCGGCAGCGGCAGCGGCAGCGGCAGCGGCAGCGGCAGCGGAGGUGGACACGGCCGCCGUGCGGGGCCAGGGCGAGCCCGGAGCCGUGAUCCCAGCCCUACGGAGCAGGCGGAGAGCGCAGAGUAAGGAAGCCACAGCAAAAAAUCCCUAGAAGGGCGAAGCCACGAGGGAGGGUCGCUGAGGGAAAACCGAAAUUCGGAAUGUCUCCUCUUGUCUCAGGAAAUAACUAGAGAAGAAGAAAAGUAAGCGUAAGCAAAACCAACUCAUUUGAUCCUGAUCCCUUAGUUUACCAUAAAUACAAUUUGAACGCAAAUACUUUGUAGGUGAUCCUACACCUGUUGUACUGCAACUUUAUAUAUAACAUUUAUCUGCAAAAUAGUAUUGUAAUUAAAACGUACUGUUUCCAGGAAAAUAAAUUCUCAGUUAAAGGGAUGGGGGCAACUUUUUGGCGUUUUGCUACAAUACACUUGCUGUCUUACCUCUGUUGGAGCAGGUUUCCCUGCAGUGAGGAAGCAACGUCUAGGAACCUCCCUGAGCCCGGCCCAUCCCCUGGUAUCAGAGGUAUCUGUAAAUAUGAGGCCACCGUGUCUUUCCGACCACUGUCAAUAACCAGAAAGCCAGCCUCACACGGGGGUUGGUCCAGGCACAGGAGAAACGGUAAGGGGUCUGAACGCCACCUGGGCAGCCCCAACGUGCUCAGGGUACGUGCCCUGUGAAACAUCGGGCGCAGCCUGUGCAUCAGGGCAGACCUCGCAAAACCGCUGUCAGCAGCUUGGGCGUGGGAGAGUCCGCUUGGUCAGGCAAAGUCGGCCUGCUUUGCCCUUGAGGACCGUCCCUCCCGGUGCCAGUGACAGGGUGGGCUGGCCGGGUCCGGAGAGGGCCGGGAACGCAGUCGUGAUCCUGCCCGCUACAUGCAGCGAACAGACACGGACACGUGUGCCUGGAGAUGCAGCCGGGGGGCACAGUCUGGCCCUGUGGUCGCAGUGUGGUUUGUGCCCUCUCUGCCCAUGGCCCUGGAGAAGACAGAUUAUUUCUCCUCUCUUUGCAGCUGCCUUUUGGGGGUUGAAGACUGCUGCCAUGCCCCCAUUAAUUUGCCUCGGCUAAAUUUACCACUGUCGUAAAUGAGGAAAAUACAUUGCUUAUGGCUGAGAACAAGCCUCCCACUUUUAACAGAAAAUGCUGCAAGAAGAACAAAGAGAAGUAUCAAUAUAACAUUAUGUAUGAAAAUGAUAUUUCACUAAAAUAACAAGUCAAAAGUAUUUUGAUCACGUGCUCACAUUAGUCUUUGUAGAUACCUGUAAACUUUUCUUACUCUUUUUGAUACAGUUAAAGCCUUCUAGGUUGAAUUUGUAGUACAAUACAAAGUAUAUACUUUUGUCUGCAAAAGACACAUUUGACAUUUUUACAGAUAUUCAAAGCACUUUAACAUAUGCUCUGGAAAGGAGAAAUGCUACGUAAUCUACCUUGCCAUUUCUAUUGCAUCCAUUACUGUGACAUGUAAGUGUCCUGCUUAGGCCAGGAUGGGCCGCUCCUUUCAGCAGUGCAAAUCAGAUGUCUGUUUUGGGCCACCUCCUUAUGAAUCAUGUAGGAUUGUGUCUCACGGACUAAAAAGCUUGAAUUUGCCUUGGUGCAGUGGGGACUGUUCAGCUGUUAAGCUUUGGUCACUGACUUUGUCUAUAGGGCUAAGGCGGCAGGUUAGACAGAAUUAUAUGGUGGGCUGGAUUUGGCCUUUGGUCUACCAGUUAGGUUCUCCUCUCUCUCCGUAGUUUAGGCUACGCUCACCAGUUCCCUGUUUAUUCUGCUUUGUUUUGUCCUCUAAAAAACAGGAUGUACACGUACAGAGAGAAGCCUGUACCUUGAAUUACCCGAGCAAAGUCAAAAUGACAACUGCACAGACACCGCCUUGCCAAUAUAUCAGCUGGCAAGAAUGUGGCUUACCUACACCCUAAUAAAAGAACGCCCAGCAAUCAUGGCAAGGUACCCAGAGGUGUCAAAAAAGAUGUGUGUUCCUCAUGUACAGGUAUGUCCUGUCUGUCCUGAAAUUUACCUACCCUACCCUUUUUCAAGGAUGGCAGACGUUAGUUGGUGGACUUCUGCUUCAUGUCUCUUGGAAGCUGGGAUGGGUGGAGAUAAGCUUGUGUUCAAGGUCUGACAUCCUGUCAUGCCUUCCUGCUUCAGCACUUUUUGUGGGCAUUAUUUAUGCUGGCUCCAGAGCACUGUCUAGAUUGCCAAUUCCGAUGUUCCUUACAGUACACAAUGCAGCAGAAGUUAUAACCUGUGGGUUCCAGAAGUUUGUGCAGAAAGAGCAGACCUCUCUUCUGAAAGUCUGUAGUGCAUUGUUCCUCCUGGUAGCAGCAGUGUGCCUUCCUUUAUGUGACACACAGUUUGAUCCAAAUGGUUAUUUAUGGGCUUUUAUUCACUUGAUCUGUCUCGGGUCUUACAAAGUAUUUCACAAGUUAUGGAAACCUAGCUCUCUAAGUGACCUGGACCAGCAGUAUAUCAACUAUGUAUUCAGUGUGGUGCUGUUGGCCUCUGCAUCCCAUCCAGCAGGUGAUCUCUUCAGUGCCUUGGACUUUCCAUUCCUGUACUUCUACAGAUUUCAUAGCAGCUGCUGUGCCAGUGGACUGUUGGGAUUCUUUCUGAUGUUGCACACAGCAAAACUGAAAAACAGCACAACCUCAGGGCAAUAUGCAGCAUGGAGUUUCCUUGCAAAGGUUAUCACUGCUGGCUUAUCACCAUUCUUCUUUGUCAUGACCGCAAAUGUACUAACAAUUUCUUGCCUUGUGAUCAGUGGAGUUGGAGAAGCGUUGCUUGCUUACACUGAAAGGACAGGCACGUAGAGAGGAACCAUAUCUCACCAGCUGGAAAAGAGCUGACCUGCAGCUUAGAAACUCUAUCAUGAAUAAAAUGCAGCAGCAAGAAUGAAGAAAUGCAACCAAACACAAGGAAAGAGACCCAUUGUUCUUUUAUUAAGAAGGGGAAAAUAUGCUAUGAAUAGUGUCCAUAAGAGAGCAGCAUAGUUGGUAGGGUGAUUAGGAGGCUUUGCCUCAAAGCACAAAACAAAAGCUGCUAUUUCUGAUUGAUGUGGUAAAGGAAAAACUGCACUGUCUCAUGCUGAUGGCUCUGUGUGAGAACCUCUCAGUAGCAGCUUCUUGCACAGGGAUCUGAACUCAGGAAAAGCAGCAUUCCUCACUGGCUGCCCCCAAUUUUUGUUGGAGGCUGACAGCACAUUGUACCAAGCAAUGUCAGAAUCCAGAUCCUGCUGUGAAUUGAGUAUCAGGAAGCAUGGAUUUUGUUCCCAACUGUUCUGUAGCAGCAAGCUACCACACACAGGCCUCUAGUCACGUCGUCUGAACUGCCAGAGUGACUGAGGCCAUGGGGCUUCUGAAGAUAGUUCCCUUCUGCGAUUGUGGCAGAUUGGCAGCUUUGCUGAAUGGGGAAAUCAGCAAUAAAUCUUAUUGUCUGUA